AUGUCGUCCGUUGUUUCCUCUUCUCAGCUUGGUACAUACACAUCUAGCCACGGAGGAUCCACGGUAUCCGGCAGUACCGAUCGCGAAGAUUUUACACCAACACAAGAAAAUCUUGAUACAAUGAAGAGCAGAAUAGAGACUUUUAGAAUCGAAAAUGCUCUUCUUAUUGAAUACGCACGCCUAAAGGGCACCGAUUUACUUCCUCAAGGCACUGUUAUUGAGCCAAAUGUCCACGCUCACUAUAAGUUUACAAAGAAGAGAUAUACACCACUUCCAAUUGCACGUAAGCUCGAAAUUGCUAAAUACGUUAACGAUCAAAUUGAUAAAUCAAUCGCAGAAGCAUCAAAGAAAUUUAACGAUGAUAUUGAACAAAGCCGUGCUCAAUUGAUACAGAUUCAAGUUCGUGAAAAGGAGCUUGAUAAAGAGAAGGCUCAAUUUUUACGCGAAGUUUGCGAAGAAUCUCGCGAUGAACGUACAGGAAAAAUUAUUGGCGAAAAGAUAUUAAAAUGGUUCGACGAUACAGUUAAAAUGAAAGAGACUAAGAAAGAAACAUUAAUUCUUAAGAAACAGUCAAUGAGCGCCAAAAUUAAACAGACAAAUGCAAGACUUGAACAGAAGAAAGAUUUAGGCGAGAAACUUCAGCAAGUCGAUUACGAUCAGCUUCAAAUCGAUAACGAAGCUUAUCAGGAUCAAAUUGCCGAGCUUUCAAAGAAAUUAUCAAAAUUACAGAAAACUUCAUCAAGUGUUGUCUCCAGAUUACAGAAUGCACGCUCUCUACUUGCCGAAGAAGAGAAGGCAUGCGCAACAAUGCAACAGAGCAUCGAACAGAAACAGAAGGCAAUUCAGAAAUACGAAAAAGAAGCUUCUGGAGUCGAGGAAGAUCACGAGAAGCUUAUAGCCUCAAACGAAGAAAUUGCCACAAAGAAGUCCGAAUAUCGUGUUCCUGAUGUAACAGACUACAUUGAUAAGAAGGCAAAGAUAUAUGAGACUCAGAAGAUUAUUAAGAACUGGGAAAGAAAGGUUCAGCUCGCAGCAAUGAAUGUUAAGCGUCUACAGAAGGAAUUCGAGGAAAUCGAUACUCCAAGAAAGUAA